AUGAUUGGUAUGAAUUAUAGGAAACAUGCAGAGGAAAUUAAUUUACCAAUUCCAAAAUAUCCUGUAUUAUUUUAUAAACCUAUAUCUUCAAUUAAUGGACCUCACGAUGAUAUUGAAUUACCUGAGGUAACAAGAAUCGAACAAGGGAAAAUUGAUCAUGAAGCAGAAUUAGUUAUUAUAAUUGGUAAAAAGGGUAAAAAUAUUAAAAUUGAAGAUUCUUUAAGUCAUGUAUUAGGUUAUACCGCAGGGAAUGAUGUAUCUCAAAGAACAUGGCAAUUAGAAAGAGGUGGUUCUCAAUUCUCUACGGGGAAAAUGUUUGAUACUUGGGCUCCAAUUGGUCCUGCUAUAAUUUCAUCAAAUUUAAUUCCAAAUCCAAAUAAUUUACAAAUUUCAUCUAAAGUUAAUAAUAAAUUAAGACAAAAUAGUAAUACAAAUGAAUUGAUUUUCAAUAUUGAACAAUUAAUUACAUUUUUAUCCCAAGGAACUACGUUAUUACCUGGUGAUUUAAUCUUUACUGGUACUCCAAAAGGUGUUGGUAGUGGGUUUAAUCCACCAAAAUGGCUAAAGAAUGAUGAUAUUGUAGAGAUUAAUAUUGAAAAUAUUGGUUCUAUUAAAAAUACAGUUAAAAAUGUAUAA